AGGUUACUUUUAGCCUUCAAAAAUUGAGAUACAUUAUUUUGAAUUUGGCAAUGAUUCCAUUUUAUGCCCUUGUUUUUGUCACUACAGCAGUAGGUGGCACCUCGAUUGAUGUUCCAUGUCUAAAUGGACCGAAGUACAUUAAUGGUGGGAAAAAUAUUAGUCUGAAUUGUUUCUUUUCACCCGUUGAUCCGGCAGCGACUGCAUGGUUCAAACAGACUCCAGGAGAAAAGCCUCUUCUCAUUGCUUCUGCUUUUGACACUUUACAAGUUAAAUAUCAUAAUGAUUUUGACAAGACCGGACGCUUUAAUGUAGCAAGUGAAAAAAGCAGUUUUAAUCUGAGUAUCUCAAAUGCAGAACCAUCUGAUUCAGCUACAUAUUACUGUGUAUUUACAUAUUAUACAGAUGCUACAUUAUUAGACUGCACAGUUUUGGUCCUCAAAGGUCCAUCUUCAAGUCUCUCUGCUGUUCUCCAGCCUCCUGUAUUAGAUCCUGUUGAACUGGGAGGAGAUACAACUUUGCAGUGUUCAAGAGACCUCAGCCUCUCUGAUGCUGGAACUUACUACUGUGCUGUGCUCAUGUGUGGACAGAUCAUCUUUGGGAACGGAACUAAACUGGACUUUGUAGUAAGUGAGCUCUCAGAAUUAACUAAAUUCCAGCAACACAGCAUAGCACAUAUUAUUAGCAGUAGUAGUUGUAUUGUCAUGUUUUUUCAGGAGAUAUAUUACUUGAAGAGUUUGGCAAUGAUUCCAUUUUAUGCACUUGUUUUCCUCUCAACAGCUUCAGGUGGCACAUCAAAGGCUGACAAUCAGUGUCUAAAUGGACUGAAGUACCUUCAUUGGGGAGAAAAUAUUCAUCUGAAUUGCUUUUUUCCAUCCGUUGACUCGGCAGCAACUGCAUGGUUCAAACACACUCCAGGAGAAAAGCCUCUUCUUAUUGCUUCUGCUUUUCGUUCUACAACAGUUACAUAUCACAAUGAUUUUGACAAGAGUGGCCGCUUUAAUGCAGUAAGAACAAAAGAUACUUUUAAUCUGAGUAUCUCAAAUGCAGAACCAUCUGAUUCAGCUACAUACUACUGUGCAUUUGCAUAUUAUACAGAUGCCGCAUUAGUAGACUGCACAGUUUUAGUCCUCAAAGGUUCAUCUUCAAGUCUCUCUGCUGUUCUCCAGCCUCCUGUAUCAGAUCCUGUUGAACUGGGAGGAGAUACAACUUUGCAGUGUUCAAUACUCACAGAUGCGUCUGCAGGAGAACACAGUGUGUACUGGUUCAGACAUGGAUCAGGAGAAUCUCAUCCAGGAAUCAUUUACACUCAUGGAAACAGGAGUGAUGAGUGUAAGAGAAGCUCUGAGACUGAUUCUCCUACACAGAGCUGUGUCUACAAACUCCCCAAGAGAAACCUCAGCCUCUCUGAUGCUGGAACUUACUACUGUGCUGUGCUCAUGUGUGGAGAGAUCAUCUUUGGGAAUGGAACUAAACUGGACUUUGUAGAGAAAGGUGUUAUGGACCCAACCCUCAUUGGUUUAGCAGCAUCAAACAUCAUAUCCGUGGUUGUGGUUUUAUUUUUGUGCAGAAAAUUAUACUACAGUCAUCAUAAAGGUGCUGCUGAAGGUCACACAGUCCAAGCAAACCAGGCUGAAGACACCGACGUCUUGAACUAUGCAGCUCUAAGCUUUGCUCAGUCUUCCUCCUCAAGAAGGAGCAGAACAAAGAACAGCAGUGAUCAGCCUGUGUACGCACAGGUAAAGACCCAUCAGUAG